AUGUCUGUACGAGUCGUUGCGCGCAUACGUCCGCUGCUCGCCAAGGAGCUUGACAAGGACACCAUUGUCACGGCAGACAGCACCGAAGAGGGCAAGCCGGCCACGCUCGUCAAGAUCCCGAACCCCAAGAACGAAUCAGAAGAGUUUUCGUUCGCGUUCAACAGUGUCUAUGACCAGGCUGCGACGCAAGAGGCGCUGUUCGCUUCAGAGGUCUCACCACAUCUCAAGUCUCUAUUCCAAGGUCUCGACGUCACCAUAUUUGCCUAUGGAGUUACCGGAACCGGAAAGACGCACACCAUGCGAGGCGGUCUCAAGCUAGCUGAUCGAGGCGUCAUCCCUCGGCUACUGAGCGGCAUCUACAGGAGAGGAAAGAAGACCGCGAAGGACACGGACGGUCAGACAACAGUGGAUGUGGCGCUCUCCUACUAUGAAAUCUACAACGACAAGGUCUUCGACUUGAUGGAACCCCCCGAGAAGAGACUGCCCGCUGGUCUGCCGCUGCGCGAGAAAGAUGGCAAAACCAUCGUGGUCGGUCUCUCCGAGCGGCCUUGUCAGGACUUGAAGGACUUCGAGAAACUGUACAUCGAGGCCAACAACAACCGCGUCACUGCGUCGACCAAGCUCAACGCGCACAGCAGUAGAAGCCAUGCUAUCCUGCGCGUCAAGGUCACACAAACCACUGGCGACGUGGUCAGGGAAAGUACCGCUUCCGCCAUUGACUUGGCUGGAUCCGAAGACAACCGCAGGACAGACAAUGGAAAGGAGCGCCUUGUCGAGUCGGCUGCCAUCAACAAGAGUCUGUUCGUUCUUUCGCAGUGUAUCGAUGCCAUCUCCCGAGGCGACAAGCGCAUUCCGUACCGCGAGUCCAAAAUGACGCGCAUUCUCAGCCUCGGCCAGAACAACGGCAUCACAAUCAUGAUUUUGAAUUUGGCACCCCUCCGAAGCUACCAUCUCGACACGUUGAGUAGUCUCAAUGUCAGCUCGCGGGCGAAGCGAAUCGAAGUCCGCGAAAUCGAGAACGAGGUUGUCUUCAAGCAGGUACCUCGCACAAACUCGAACAACGGCGCGGGAACGACCCGCCAAGCACUGCGACCAUUGGCCAAUGCGCACAAUGUCCACAGCGGCGUCAUGGCCAACAAGGAGAAGGCUGUCGACGCGACGCGGCCCGUCAAGGCAUUCAGUGUUUAUACUGACAAAAGCAAGCCUACUGCUAUGGCGCGUACAGCUGCUGUUAUCACUCAGGUCCGCAAACGGCCCUCUGAUUCCGACAGCCUUGCUCGGCCGACCAAGAUCAUGCGGCCUAGCCAGCCUCUCCAUUCUGCGCAAACAAAGCUUUCCAUCUCUGCCGAUCAGCUCGAGGCUUUGGUCGAGAAGAAGGUUAGCGAGAUCCUUGCCGCAAGAGUCAGCCAAGCGGCUGAGCCUGUUGCGCCUGCUGUAGCGGCAGUCCAUCCCGAUAUCAAUGAUGCUGUGCAGAAGAGACUGGAGGCUCUUGAGAGGCGGAUACAGGAAGACGAACGACGAGAAGACUCAAGGUCUGAUGGCCUCAGGCACCUGCUGCUGGCACGGCAGGCAAAGGAGAAGGGUGACGACGCGACUGCACUGGAAAUGUACCAGCUCGCGCUCCCCUUUUUCCCUGGCCAGGCCAAGCUCCUCGGCAAAAUCGAGAAGCUUCGCGCGCGGCUCGGUAUGGACGUGGAUGAAUGCACAAAGGAGUCGAGGCGGAAGCGUCGAAAGGUCGUUGCGUUGGAUGAGGAUGAGUAUCAUGGCGUCGCCGAUGCCGACGCGGACGCAGAUGAGAGUUUUGUGUACCGCGACCCCAAGCCGAGAAGCAAGAAGACUGCCAAGCAUGUCAAGGUUGUCAUUCCCUUGACAUCAACCCCCUAUGAGCCAACAUCACCGCGCUCUCAGCAACUGCUUGACAUUGUCAACUCGAGAGAUCUGGCACAGAUUCAACGUCUACACGGCUUUGGGGCGAAGAAGGCGAGAGACUUGGUGGACUUCUUGCGUUUGAUGGGCGAAGAUGACGAUGGAAACAUCUUCACCUUGGCCCAGCUGAGAACUGUUCCUGGUAUGGGAGGCCGCACUGUCGAGCGGGCGUAUGAGGGCCUUGUCGGUGCCGUGUGA